CCUCUGUUACGCGGCGCUGUUUCCCGCGAGCAGGAGCGGCGCGUGUCAUCCACCGAGAACCGGCUACAGACCGACUGACACCCGCUCUCCUCCCGUCCUCCAGCCUCCUGCUCGGCGGCCUGCAGCCUGUCCUCUGACCGCUCAGCGUGGCCCCGACCCCGGACACCCCCUCCCCCCUCCCCCGUAAGGUACCGCGGCCUGGACCGGGACGCUUAGCUCGACCGGCGCGUGAGAGGCAGCGAUGUCGGGUGUCGUGCGAGGCCCCGCCGGGAACAACGACUGUCGAAUCUACGUGGGGAACCUGCCCCCCGACAUCCGCACCAAGGACGUGGAGGACGUGUUCUACAAGUACGGCACCAUCCGGGACAUCGACCUGAAGAACCGGCGAGGGGGCCCGCCGUUCGCCUUCAUUGAGUUCGAGGACCCGAGGGACGCAGAUGACGCGGUCUACGGACGCGAUGGUUACGACUACGACGGCUACAGACUGCGCGUGGAGUUCCCCCGGAGCGGCCGGGGCUCCAGAGGCGGGUUUGGAGGGAUCGGCGGAGCCCCGAGGGGCAGAUACGGGCCCCCGUCCCGACGCUCCGAGUACAGGGUCAUCGUGUCAGGACUCCCACAGAGCGGCAGCUGGCAGGACCUGAAGGACCACAUGCGCGAGGCCGGUGACGUGUGCUACGCUGACGUGUUCAGAGACGGAACCGGGGUUGUAGAGUUUGUGCGCAAAGAGGACAUGACCUAUGCCGUUCGAAAGCUGGACAACACCAAAUUCCGCUCGCACGAGGGAGAGACUGCUUACAUUCGUGUGAAAUUAGACGGUCCCCGCAGCCCGAGUUACGGAAGAUCCCGCUCCCACAGCCGUGGCAGCCGGAGCAGGAGCCGCAGCCGCAGCGCCAGCCGCAGUCGCAGCAAUUCCCGUGGCCGCGGCAGAGGAUCGCCCCGCUACUCGCCUCGUCACAGCCACUCUCGCUCCCGUUCUUAAACCUUUCUACCACUGCCAUCUGAAGAGAAGGAUUAAAGUGAUUUGGAAUAAAACCAUUGUGGAGCACAUGUCAUUUGUAUGGUCAGGAUAGGACAUCUAAUUGAGGAGCAAUCAGGUCGAGGCAAUGGUUUUGAUUGGAGGAGUGGCUCAGUGGAUCCCAAUCCUUGGAGCUGGAUGAGUGGAUCGAUUAGGGAAGGGAUAGGCAAGGAUGGAUGCUCGGAACGGGAUCAGUUUUUCCAGGAGUCAAAUGAGAGUUGAAUUCAGAACUAAAUAACGUGGAAGUCCCAGAGCAACUUUUUUUCUAUUAGGGCCCUCCCCCUGCCUAUCUUUAAAGUUUUUCAGUGAUAAUUGCUUUAUUUGACAAGAAAACGAAACUGAGGACCAGGAAGUUGGAUCAAAGGAUGGAAUCGUAGAUGCCUGGUAUGAAUAAAUUAAACAUUUGGGCGGCUGGGAAGGGGUUUUCAUUUGGGAGUAGUUUGUGUGUUUUGUUUUUUGCUUAAUCUUGCUUUUUUUUCUCUCAGCAUUUUCAAUAAAAACAGUUCAAAACAA